ACAUCCGGGUAUUUCAGCUCACACUGCAGCCGGUAGUAGCUAUUGAACGCACCACAAACUCUUUUUUUAACGUCUUGCUAUUUGACAGCUCUCAAACAGACUCGAUGUCCGGACAGGUGUUAACCAGGUGUGUGAGUAGGACUCUACUGUCAACUUCUGGAGUAAAAUGCGCCAAAUUCAGAGGAACAAACCGAAACUACUGGACCAAUUUCAGAAGAAAGUCUGCCUCCCUAACAGUAAAUAUCGACGAUUUUACCUUUUUCUCUCCUGAUAUAUUAAAAUCCUGAAAGAAACUGACAGACGAUGUCAAUUUAAGCAUCUUUAUAUAUGAAUUUACGCUUUGGGUGUGAAACGAUGACUCCAGUGUGCAGGUAUACAUGCUUGUAGUUAUGUGGGUAAAAGGUUAGCAGGGCUUUAGUGUUAACAUACUCUAUACAUUAGUCAGUAGCCUAUGUCACAAGACAGACCCACAACAGCCUACGUGUCAAAGUCUAAUACAACCAUGACGAGCACUGUGCACACAUAAUAGCGAUUUUUCCUCUGUAAACACAUUUCUGUCCAAAGUAAAGGAACAGUCAAGUGUGGACAGUGACCCGAAGCCGCCAUAUUUGUCCGGUAGUAUCAGUUUACCUUUGGUACACGCCCGAGGCUGAUGAUCACAGUUCACAAAAACAAACAGGGAGGAAUCUACAAAGCCACCAGUGAGGUCCAAAAAUAAUACUUAUUCCACUGAGUGCUCAGAAGGGUAUUCAGUGUCUUGUGCACAGGUUAACCCUAGUGUGGGAGCAAGUUUUGGUCUUGAUGGAAAAAGGUGACUGUAUUUUGUGCACAAGGAAAAAAAAAACUUUGGGGAUCUAACUAGAGGUUGACAUUUUUUUUUUUUUUUACCUUUUGUGCACAAGAUGAUCAGAAUAAAGGAGCAUGUAAUUAUCUUGUGUAUAGUUAUGUGUACAUCUGCUCUUCUCCACAUCUGCUGUUGUGUUUGAUCAAGUCUAGAGUUCAGUCUUUAUUUAUAUAGCACUUAAGUGCUUUACACAGAAAAAGGAAUAAAAAAACAAAACAAAUACCCAAAUCUACCCCAACCCAACCCUCAUUCCUACCCCACAAUCUAAACGCAACAGUAUUAAAAUGCAUGAACUUAAAAAGGGCUUGAUUUCGUGGAAGCAAGAAUGUGCGCACUGAGGAAAUGCUAUUUUAAAAUUCAAGAUAAGGAAACACUGGAGGUUAGGUUAAAAAUAAAAAAAACAAAGUUACAUAGACUGGAAUUUAAGAAAUAAUGAAUAAAAUUAAAUAAAAACAACAGUAAUAGAUACUGAAAUAAGAGCACCAAAAUAGCUCAAUAAAAGAUGAUCCUGUCAAAACUAGAAGAUAUAAAUGCUUAAACACUUAAACAAAGUUAGUGAUGUAAAAUUUUGCUCAAAGCAAGACUCAAAAGGUACGUUUUGAGUUUGGUCUUUGAAGUUAACACAGCCUAAAGUCUACCAGGAGGUUUUAGAGACCUUCAUUCUUCAUCUGCUGCAAAGCUUAAUGGAGAUACAGAUAUCCUUUUCCUGCAGGACGUGGCACCUGCCCACAGCUCCUAUACUACCAGAAACUGACCAUGAUAUUACUGUGUUUGAUUGUCCAGCCAACUAGCCUGACUUAAACCCCAUAGCAGAUCUCUGAGGUUUCAUUGAGAGAAAGAUGAGACCCCAGAGAAACAAUACCAGUAUAAUAGAUGAAGGAGCUAUCAGAGAUACCUGGACUUCAGUUAGACACCAGCAGAGACACAGACUGAUUCAUCCAUGACACGUCGCACUGAUGCAGUCAUUGAUGCAGAAGGAAUCCUGACCAAGAACUGGGAGAAUAAAUGAGCAGCGUUUUCUCUGUUACAGAUCCUUUCUUUUUUCUUUUUUUUUCCUAAUGUUUUCAGGCAAUGGAUUUUUGAUUUGACUCAUCUAUAAUCUUCUUUUGGCUAUUUAAGUGAAUUUCAAAUGUGAGUUUUUUAUUUUUACUUUUUUUCAAAUCUGAUUGAAUGUAAUUGCAGAGUAUAUUAUGGUUUUUAAAGUUGGCUGACACAUGAGUUACCAAAGACACAUCGGUCAAUGCUGGAGGGGAAAAAAAAGUUAAAUCCUGAUUUAAUUAACUAAAAAAUAUUCAGUUUUAUCCGUUGAAGACCUUUCUGAACAUCGUCACAUGUACACAGACUCUGCAAACUGGUCUUCUGACUUUAGAGGCGUUCAUGUGAAGUUUUGUGUCUUGGAACAUUUUUUUCCAGAUAUUUGAACACACGGAUGGGACAAGGAUGCAGGGCUUUUGUGCUGGUGAAAUGAAGAUUAAUAAAUGAAUAAAUAAUAAUAAUUUUGUCACUUCCCUUUGUUUGCAGCGUGGAGGAGCUGUCGUCCUCCUGGGGUUUCCGACAAUGUCCUGUCUGCUUUAUGAAGCUCAUCACAGAGUGCAGAGUUCAGCGGUAGUUCAUGCUCUGGAAAAAGGUAGACUGAUAACUGUGCUCAGUGGAGAAUAUGGUCAAAUACAAAAAAAAAUUUAAAAAAAAUGCUGGAGUUUCUUCAGUGAGAGAUUUGUUAGAGUGUGAGGAAACAUGAACUGAUGUUUUCAUGUUGUUUGUGCAGAGGAGGUGCUGGAGCAGGCUGAUUACCUGUACAGCUGUGCAGAGACUGAGAAGCUAUACCAGCUGCUGCUGCAGUACAAGAACAGGUAACACUGUCUCAAAUAUGUCUGUUGUUAGACUAACACCAGAGGGCACCAUAGUCAAACAUAUUGCUGCGCCUGUCAUGUCAUCGAUUAAUCAGAUCCAUCUGAACACUCAAACAGAUGUUUUUGUGCACAUAGUGAUGAUACAGAGUUCCUGUGGAGACUCGCCCGGGCGUCUCGUGACCUCUCUCUGCUGCCUGACAUGGAGGCCGGGCGGAAGAAGCAGCUCGUGUAUGAGGCCUUUGAAUAUGCAAAGAAAGCUCUGGAGAAAGAUGACAGCAGUUUUGCAGCACAUAAAGUAAAACAAACCCCUUAUAAGCCCCUCAUACCUCAUUUUCAGGCUGGUUUUGUUUUUCGAUCCGAGGAAAAUAAACCCACUCUUUACCUGUUUUUUUCUAUUUUGCUAUAAAACUUUGAUGGCUCAUGAAAAGAUAAAGUGACCAAACUUUUCCUCCUCCUCUCACACAGUGGUAUGCAAUAUGUAUCAGUGACGUUGGGGAUUACGAGGGAGUCAAGGUGAAAAUUGGAAAUUCCUACAUCAUCAGACAACAUCUGGAGGUGAGGCCACGUUUGUGUUGGUAUAAUUUGAAGACUUAUUUCACCUACACAUCACAUUUCUGAAAGCCAGCAUGCCUUAUUUUCCAGACAGCCAUCAAGCUCAAUCCUAAAGAUGCCACCUCCUUACACAUCCUGGGUUACUGGUGAGUCUUUAGUUCUUGAGACAGUAAACUGUUGACAUCACACAUUUCCAAACAUGUCAUCACAUCUUCCUCCAGAGCUCCACAAACCUUGAAAAGCUGAGUCUGUUUCAGAUUUUUCCCCGGAGGUUUCUUGGCAGCUGAGGGAGAGAACUUGGCUCAGAAAUCAGCUGUUUUCUCGAUAAGUGGUGAAAUUUGUGAAAGUGAAAAGUCGUUACAACAGCUAGCAUUGGCAAGAAUAAUGUUUUGGAUCUUUGUGGCCAAAAGAAUCAAACUGAACGGAUGUGAAACAGAUGGAAAAGGGAUAAUAUAAACCAGAGGAGAAUGAGAACUACAGUCAGACCAAAUGUUCAUUUAAAGGGAAAACACUCAGCAGAGUUUCUUUUAAUGAUUGUUUACUGGGGUUAGUUCUUCCCCACAGCAUCUAAACACAACAUAAUCAGUGUUGUCUUUGUGGCUGUGACCCAGCCGGCUCACCUCUCUGAUCCUCUCAUUUGUCAUCUUAAUUUGCAGCAGACUGGUUCUCCCUGUGGUAAAAUGGUAGACAACCAUGUAAUUGCAUGUCUGCAUUUCUAAUCUGAACAAGGAUUGUCAUGAAGUACAUCCAAAAUGUAAAAAAAAAAUCCUUAUGCUAAGAGUCCCUGUGAAACUAUGAGUAGGUGCUUUGAACAUAACAGUAACUCCAGCUGCUCAUACACAGAUGUUUAACAGGGGAAAUAAUGGCUGCUACGGACCAGACAGUCAUCCACCAUGGUAUGAUAAAAUGAAUAUGAUUGUGUUUCUUUUUGGUUGAUUUAGGACAGUGUCAUGAUUUGAGUCAGGAGGUAAAGCAAAAUUUAAGGGGGUAGGAUAAGACAAGUUUAUACUUCCUCCUACUCCUUUUCACUCAUGUAAGCUGAGGGUCUUAAAAAAUAAGAGGAUUGCAGAUUCAGCUACUGUCUUGUUUUUUUUUUCUUUCUUUUUUUUCUGAUUGUCACUUAUUUGUAUUUUCAACUGUUAUUAAAUUUGAUAUACAUUAUAGCAAAAAAUAUAUCAAUCAAUCAUUCAACAAUCAACCAUCAACGAUUCAUCUACAGUAAGAGCAUUAGUCAUGUAUCAGACCAUGAGAAGACUCAGGGUGAUUGUGGAGAGUAAAACAUGUCUCAAAGCAGUUUCUUCAAAUGUAAACACCAGUACAGAUGGAGGGAUAAAAGAAGCAACUCUUACAGCUGAUGUGCUUUUGCAGAAAAAUGGUUUCCUGUUUAAAAAUGAAAAGCAAACUAUAAGAAGUUUGUGAAUUCAAAACUAAAUUUGUUUUAAAGGAAAGGACUGCAGAUGAUCAAAUCAAAUGUUUGUUUCAUGAUCAAAUCAUGAAACAAACAAACAAAAACAGAAUAUCUUCCUCAUUUUCUCAGGACCUCCUUGACUAUGAGACUCUUAUUUAAUCUAUUCAGAUUUUAUGCAAUGACCUAUCAAUGUCCAAUCCAAACAGUACUCUACUUCACACAGAGCAUGUCAGUAAAUGAAAGGCUUUCAUAUUGAAAUCAUCUAUCAAGGAUGUCAAUGCCGCACACACUGUAAUGUCAUGCACAUGAACAGAUCUUGAUGACUUGUUUCAUCGUCCUCCUAAGUCUGCCUGUUCUCUCUCUUUCAGGUGUUUUGCAUUUGCUGAGUUGCCGUGGUAUCAGCGUAAAGUGGCUGCUGUGAUUUUUGCAUCACCUCCUACAUCGUCGUAUGAAGAGGUGAGGAACCCUUAGCAUGUGUGCCUGCAUCCAAAGCACCAUUUGCACCAAAUGAGUGUUAACAAUACAUGACCCAUGAUAUCAGUGUGUGGUGUGGUGUAUUUGUGCUAUUAAAGUGAAUAAUUUAACCAAAAUACUGACGUAACUUAUAACAAAACAUAAAAUGGUGCCUAUGCAUAGCUUUCACCUAGUCCCUGGGGGCAGCAUCCUGCUCUGCAGCCUGCUGAAAAUUUCUAAAAAGAUGAAAGGGUACCCAUCCAUCAGUUUGGUGGUUUUGUGGUUGCAAAUCAAAUGAAGCGCUGCACUCUUUAAAUACUAAACAAAAAGGCAACGCUGUGUAUAGGGCUGGGCGAUAUGGGAAAAUAUUUAUUACGAUAUUUUUUUCUCAUAUCAGGCAAUAUUGUUUUAUAUCACGAGAUUAAAAAUGACAUUUAACAGUGAUUAUUGGUAGCAGGUCUUUUUCAAUACAACACAGCUACUGCAUCUGUGAGGUCUUUGUGUCUCUUUGACAUUUUGUCGUAAGGCGUUGCACUCAUGAAAACAGACUGAAUGGUUGGCUGUUUCGGCUGCACAGGCACCAUGGGCUCCUUACUCCGCUCGGUGUUUGUAAUCUUUAGCAUUGCGUGUGCUCUGCCGCAUGGCACUUCUUCAGGUGGUGAAAAAGGUUUGAAGUAUUCCCCGACUUUGCAAGAACAUAUACUCAACAUAAUUUACAGUGCACAUUACUUUGCUUCAUGUAUGACCUCAAAAACCAAAAUACCUCCACACCACCAACGUUUUCAUGCUGGUGUUGUCAACGAUGUCAUCAUCUGUUGAGCUUUCAUCUGCAUUUCUGCCAGGGGUAGCACUCAUUUUAUUUUUUUCUCACCAACAGUGCUGUCAGCUUUGCCUGUUAAAGUGCUAUAGUUGGGUGUAGCUGCAGCCUGAUACUAUGCAGUUGUUUGCUACUUGGUUCUAAUUCAGCACAUGAUUGGUUCAGUGCAAAGCAGACCUGGGGCAACUCCCCUUUUCAUUGGCUAUUCGUAUAGUCUACCAAAACAUGGCAGAAUGCCGACUAUUGAAAAGUAUAUUGACCAUGUUUCAUAUUGAUAUUGAGGGAAAUUAAUUUAUGAUAUAUAUCGUUAUCAUUUUAUCACCCAGACCUAGCUGUGCACGUCAUGUUCUGCGGGUGAUACUGCAGUAAUAUAUGCACAUACUGUUUAAUCUGCAAAGGCUAUGAAUCAGUUUGGGGUUCGUUUCUGCAUACUACAGAGCAUCUAAUCUCUCUUUCACAUCUGGAUGUCUGGUCAGAUUUGAGUAUGCUCUGUGAACAGUCUCCAUACUUUUAAGCAGAGUUAUCCAGCUGGAUUUGCAUCCAAUAAUACUGUCUACACCCUCAUAUCAACGUCCAACUCAGCCUCUGUCAUUUUAACCCCAAAAGGAGCAGAAAAAGCAGCAGAAAUCACUUAGAUGCCAAUCUGGACAGGAUUAGUAUCAUCAGAGGAGCUCUGAGUGUCCUGAAAUAUGGUAGAUGAAUUUUUCUGGAAUUUUGACUUCACAAACUACUGACAUGGUGGAUUUGCACCAGAUUAAGAACACAAAUAUCUAUCAUCUUUAUCACAGAUUAUCAGAGGUCUCCAGGUAAUCCCUUUUCCAUGGGAAUGGUGCUUCAAACUAAAUAAAAACAGUGUUUCCACACAGUCAGUGGCCUCUACUCUAAUUACUUACACUAAAGUGAACAAACAUCUUUGACAACAUUCAACUAACUACAUAAAAAGUAGCUUUUUGUUCAUUUAUCUCAUAUCAUUAUUGUUGGAGGAGACGCCAUGUUUGGCAGUUUUUAGUUCUAAUGCCACAGACUGUAAAUUAAAUUUGAAUUUCUUUGUCUCUCUUGAAGCCGCAGACCUGAACAGCUGAUCAUUGCAUGUGUCUAUGAGCAGUGUGAAAACAAAUGGGUUUUUUUUUACAGGAAAAGAAAGCUCAGAAAAAUGUCCAUGUAGAUCAUGAUAUCACUGACUUCAGUGUUUGGUUCAGACAUUCUUAAAAGUAACAAAAUAAUGUUGUAAAGUUGACCCUGUCUGCAGCAGUGGAUAGUCCAGUUUCUCUUCUGGUUCUCCAUCCAGUUUCUCCAUAAAGAGUCAGAGCUGACAGGAAAAUACACUAACUAAAAGCUGAUUGAUCCAAUUUCAGUUAUGAUUGCAGUUACAUCCACACAAACUGUCAAUUCAGCAUUAGCGGAUCAACAGGAAACAAAGUUUGUGAGCAUGAGGCAGUUACAACUCUCAAGACUACUGCUGUAUCUACAACACACUGUCCAACAUGAACAAACCAUCAGGCAGCUACAGGUGGAGAGCGGAAGAGGAGCAGGAGGAGAGAGGAGAGCAGGGAGAGGAGAAGGAGGAGAGAGGAACAGGGGAAGGAGAGCAGAAAAAGGAGCAGGAGAAGAGCAGGAAGAGAAGCAGGAGGAGAGAGGAUAGCAGGGAGAGGAGAAGGAGAAGAGCAAGGAGAGGAGCAGUAGGAGAGAGGAGAGCAGGAAAAGGAGCAGGGGGAGAAGAGCGGAGAGCAGGAAGAUAAGCAGGAGGAGAGCAGGAAAAGGAGCAGGGGGAGAAGAGAGAAGAGCAAGGAGAGGAGCAGGAGGAGAGAGGAGAGCAGGGAGAGGAACAGGAGAAGGAUCGAGGAGAGAAGGUAGAGGAGCAGGAAGAGAAAGAAGCAUGGGGAGAAGGAGAGAGGGGAGCAGGGAGAAGAGCAGGGGGAGGAGAGAGGAGAGCAGGGAGAGGAACAGGAGAAGGAUCAAGGAGAAAGGGGGGGAGCAGGAAGAGAAAGGAGCAGGGGGAGAAGGAGAGAGGAGAGCAGGGAAAAGAGCAGUGGGAGGAGUGAGGAGACAGAAGAGAAAGGAGCAAGGGGAGGAGCGAGGAAAGUAGAGAGAGGAGCAGGAGGAUGAGAGGACAGCAGGGAGAGGAGCAGGAGGAGGAGGAGGUGGAGACAUGAGAGCAGAGAAAGGAGCAGGAAGAAGCAGGUGUGUGGGACAGAAUGAUCAUGAUAAGAGAGAGGCUGCAAUCACGAUUGUGCACGAGCACUCAGGAGCUUAAGACUGCGGGGGUUGAAAGUGAGAGACAUCGUUCUGAUGAUUUUUCUGUCUCUUUCAGGCUUUGGAUUUUUUCCUGAAGGCUGAAGAAGGUAAAACUCUCAAACUGUUUCUUCUUUUACAUUUUGUCUUCAUGAAUGUAAAAUACAUAAAACUAAAGGAAACAUCUUUUUAUCUUUACCUCAGUCGAUCCAGACUUCUACAGUAAGAACAUGUUGAUGCUGGGUAGGACCUACCUGGCACUGAAGGACAAGGAGAAAGCUCUACAGUGGCUAACCAAAGCUAAAGAGUAUCCUCCUCACACACACGAAGACAAAGAGGUACACACACCAGGAUCACUCCUGGUUUCUCACCGACACUCUUUCCAGCUCUCCUGGAAGUGAGAUGUGAUUGAGAUUUUCUGUUCACUGCUUGUCAAAGCCUGUUUGGUUAGAUUCAGUCAAAAGAAAACAGCAAAGGCAGCAACAUCUUGAAAUAUUUGAUGUUUCUGCUAUGAACACUUAAAAGUUUUGUUUGUUACAAGCAAAUGUAACUUAAUAAACUCGUCCCUUUGUAAACACACUUUUAACAUACUUGAACAGAUAUUUAUUUGACUUUUGCAGAUGUUUGUUAAAUGUUUUAUAUCUGCUUUUCCUUUCUUCACUAAUCAAGUCAGUUUAUAUUGCAUGUGUUUCACAUCUGCAUGCAGACUUAAUCUACCACAUUCAGAGUUAAGCUUUGGAAACCUUUAAAUCUUUAGGGCCCAGGUUUAAAGAUGUGCUGAUGUGAGGUUCAUGUUUUCCUCUGCAGGUCCAUAAAGAAGCUGUAGAUCUCCUCAAGAAGCUGGGAUGAAGCUGAGCAGAGACUUAGAGAAAUUCACCUUUAAAGACUCUGUGCUGUAAAUAAUCUCUGAAAAAGAAUGUUUUCUUUUUAUUAUUAUGUAAUUACUGUAAUAAAAUAGAACUAAGUACAUUUUUCUGUGCCUGAACUCUUCUCACACUGACUGUACUUUGGUUUACCGAGAAGCAAAGACAGAGAAAUUCAAAGGUGCUGAAUCUUCCUGUAUGAUGAAGAUAUAUUUCUGAAACCAAAUGUGACUUCAGCUGAACAGUUUCUGCUUGAUUUAAUUACCAAGAGUUUUAUUAAGCUGAGAAUAAUUUUGACUGUUUGAUUAAAAGCUGCUUAGUCUCAGUCAUAGUUCUGCCUGUUUUUUUUUGUUUUGUUUUUUAACUCUUUCUCCAUGACCGUUGUCCGUGUUGGAGAGCAGCUGCUAUCAAAGGUUUAAGAUAAUACUUAAAAUGACGCCUUAUUCCCAAACACAGAGAAACCAGUCAGCUUUCCUGCACCCUGGAAUCACAAACAUACAAAUUAAUCUGUAGACCACGUUGACUUUUGUUUCAAAACUAAACCUCAAACUAUUUAAUUUCAAACAGGACUGCAACAAAUUAUACUUCCUCCAUCAAUCUGUCACUUUGUUCCUAAUAGUUCUGCUUUAAGGUCAUUAAAUUUUCACUUAAGCAUCUUGAACAUACAUGGAGAAGUUUUGAAAUUCAGUGCAUUCAAAAGUGUAAUAUGGAGAGCCUGCCGCUUAUUUUGAAACAAUAUUUGACUUUAUAUGAAUAUGACUGACUGUCUCUGUUGCAGUGUAUUACUUUCAUGUUUUGUUUUUUUUUGACUUAGAAUUAUAAUUUUUCUAAAAUUUGUUAUUGCCAAGUAUGUAGUUUUAAGGUGGGGAAAAAUAGAUACAAUUUCAGUCAAAUUCCUUAAAAAGAUUUUAGAAGUUAAAAAUUCAGUCCAUGAAUGUGAGUCAAUGCAGGAGAGUCUGCGGCUAGUUUUAGAAUUUAUGCUUCCCAAAAUGCAAGAAUUAAACAGACAAAAACCGCAUUUACAAAGAAUUAAAAUAAAUACUUUUUUAUUGGGAGGAACAAUGUGAUACAUUUUUAUCUGUAAAGGGGGCAACAUUCAAACCCCUUUACAAACAGUAUUUGGAUUACAACAUUUAAAUCUGAUGGUACACCUGGCAGAUUUGCUGUAGUUUUUUUAUUGUUAUUAUUAUUUUUAAUUAAAAAAAGACUUUAAUCUUAUA